AUGAAACGGGAAUUCUGCCACCGGUUGGAAGCUCGUUGUUCCAGUCGCCGGAAUCGCGCAAGCCCAUCUAGGGAGAUUGCGUCGGGGGUUGGCCACAAAAACGCGUUCUUCUCGUGGCUUCCAGGCUUCUGGCCCGAGGCUUUCACGAUGCUAUCGGAGACAGUUCUCUCUGGGAAAUGCUCGUCCGGCCGCAGAGCCUCUGGGUCAGCCUCGUCGUCGUCUAUCUCUCCGCCCUCCUUCUCUACCGACUCUAUUUUGUAGGUUUCCGACAGAUGAUGCAAAUCAAACCCUUCUCAGGGCAGUAAAUAGAGAAAAAAUGCCGUAUGCAAGAUAAUGAUAAUUGGCCUGAAAUAUCGCUUUUUUCACCUCCUUCUUUUUCUCCUGUGAAGGUCCUUUUCAGAAAAAGGUCUAUUAUUGAAGCCUUCUAGAGGCCUUUUUUCCAAAGGUCCUUUUCAGGCCAUUCUGGACUUUUCCCGUGUAUAGCACGUUCCGAUUAUGCAAAAAACUUUUUUUGACUUUUUAAGAAGAAGUUUGAGCCAUUUACCGUUUCUGGACUGUUAAAGCAUAAACCACGGUAAACGUAUUUACUAUUUUCUGCCUAAAAAGAAAGCUCAUUUUUAGUUGGGUGGCAGGAAAUUUCUAUGAUUUCUUUUUUUGAAAGAUUCUCUCGUAAUCAAGUUUUUAUAUAAAGCCCUCAAAACUUUUUUGAAGAUUCUAGUAACUUUAAAAUUAUUUAUAAAGUGAUAUAGUUUUGAAAUCUCUUUUACCGCGGAGUAUUUUUUUAUGCAGUCUAUUUAGAAAAACAGGACUAGGAUGUUAUGAAAAAAGACUCGCAAACCAGUAGAUCAUGGGUCGAAGAACAGGAAGACUUUGACCUCUGUUUGCUGUUUCAAGGUCAGCUCCGUCUCGAGGUUCUUCCGCCAGCGUCGGGUCAUCAACAAUGUCGACAAGUACUCUGAAUUGGUAAAUUUUACGAUUUUUCGAUUUUUAUACGUAAUUUUUUAAAAUCAUAGUUUUUUUUUUUCUGAAGAUCCGGAGUAAAAUUAGUAUGACAACUAGGUUUACUUCGCUAUCAGAGUUGUAUUUUGAAAAAUUUAAUUCAACUAAACCAUGAAGUUGAAAUUGAUUUUUUUUUUGGUUUCUGUUCUGGAAAAUAGACAUUUUCCUUUAAUUCUUUCAAAACUAUUCACCUCAAGUUUUUAAAAAUUUUCUUUUGUUUAGAAAAAGGCGAUCCUCAUUUUGUAGGUUAAAGAAAAUAACGGAAAAAGUUUCAGAGAAGUAAAAUCGUAUGAUUUUUUUGGUUUUUCCGGAGGUGUUAUUUCUUUAUUUUUCCAGCUUCCUUACGAGAAAAUACGCGAUGAUCCGGAACUCGAAGCUUUCGUGAACACGUUGAAGCUCUUGUCGGGCGCUCCCUACGUCGUCUUUGUUAGUUCCAUCAUCGAAUGACACCUGGAUUACCUGAAAUUGCUCAGUUUGACCAGUCGAACUUCGACGUGACGAUGAACCACGUCUGCAACCUGGAACUGAUGCCCGGGGCUCUCGAGAGAUUCGCCGCCGUCGCGUUUGAGCCCGAGGCCGAGAGACGGUUCCGCGCCGUCCAUCCCAGCAUUCCGGUCGUCACCGUGGAUUUCACUGUUAUAAAGGUGAAUUUUCAGCUUUUUCAAGAAAUAAACUCGAACAAUCUUUUCAAAAAUCAUUUUGGCCCCCUCGAAUCUUAUAAACAGGAAAAAUAUGAUUCUGAAUAAAUAAUAUUUUGAUUGUUCGAAUUCGGACAUCCCAAUCGUUACCGUUCAAAUUACUCUGAGUAAACUUUCAGCUCAUGGAAUUCGAAAAAAACUAUUUUUGCAUCAUCGGAGGCAUUCGAAUAGUAAUGAUAUGAUUCGAAGAAGAUCCCUUUUUUUCUCCAGAAUCUUUCUUGUUUGUCCAACGGUCCACUUAUAUUUUUUUACAAUAAUUAUACCGAUCAAAUGGUAUUUAAUUACAUCUCUAUUGAAAAAAGUUUUUGUAUUUUCGAUCCAUUUCUUAAAUAACUGUAAUUCUCAUAUUUUCAGGACGCGAUAGAUCCCGAACUUGAGAAUCGCAAGUAUGUGAUUUAUCAGCUGAUUCUUCUAACGAGAGCCAGAAUCGCGGCAGCUUUCGCCUCGAAAGACUUGAGCUUCUGGGCUAUGCAACAGGUUGCUAACAUGAGCAAAAUGACCUCAUUUCUCCUGUUUCAGGACUCGAUUUGGGUGGAAAAUUUUGCGGUGAUGGACAUUGAGAACAGAUUCACGGCGCCGUUGAUUUUCGACGUCAUCGGAAACGAUAGGGUGAUUCUUUUUCUGGGUUUUAUUCAUUUUUCUUUGCUUUUUCGAUGAGUUCAAAAUUUUAAAACAUUGCAAUUCGUAUUGCUCAAAAAAAAUCCGUGCAAAAGUAAAGUAUAAAAAAACCAGGUGUUGAAUUGAUUAUGUUUUGCAAAGGACUGGGAAAGUUCCUAAAAGAAAAAAAUAAAAAAAAUUUUUUUUUGAAUAGUUUAUAUUAACACAAGUUAUAUUCGUUCCUUCCCGAGGGGAAAGGCGAGAUGAACAGAUUGACGAAAGCGAAGCGUUGCGUGUGCGACGCGGCUUAUGGCGAGAAGCCCGGAUUCAAACGCGAGCCACUUUUUUUCUUCUUCUUCGACAGUUUUUUUAAGUUGUAACUUUCUAUGAGCUUUUAAAGUUUCAGUUCAACGAAUGAAAUUAUAAAAAAAUAUUAGAAAUAUGAACUUGUUUUUCUAUCAUUGCAUUUUGAUUUCGAGUUUCCCGCCAAAAUCCGCGUCGCGUACGCAACGCGUCAAUCUCGCCAAUUUGCCAACCUCGUCUUUCAGGUCAGGAAAGACGGGCCAUACAUUUCCUUUCAUUUCUCUGAUACGACUUUGAAAAACGGAAAUCGUUCUCUUGAAAACUGCCAAGAGAAAGGAUCAAAGAAUCGAAAAUCGCAGAUUCCCGAGUACAAACGGAUGGACGGCUGGAUCUGCGGGUCGACGUUCUUCGCCCGCGGCGGCGCCUUGGCAGAAAAUUUCUUCCUCAAGGUCCGUCAUAUCUACCUGGCCGAUCUAUCACAAGCCGUUGCGCAGUUUUUUGCGCUUCGACUUUUUGGAAAGAAGAAAUUCAACAGUAGUUUUCUUAUCGAACACGAUCUUUGCCACUCGACUUUUUUGAUAGGCCAAACGGAAAAUCCCUUUCAAAGGACACAUGCAUGGAAAUUUACCCCAAGUCGAGGGUGUAAAUAGGAUUCCCAAGAAGGGAAUAUUUCUGUUUUCACCAUAUUAACCUUUCUUAGCCUAAAAGGUUCGCAUAUCCUUGAAGAAAUUCAAAAUUUAUUCGCUUUAAACUCAUUUACGUCAUUGUAAUGAAGCUGAGUAAAUUGGCAAGCACUAGACCUAAGAAUCCUCGGAAGAAUCUGAAAAGAUUUUGCAAAAACUCCGAUGAUGAAGAAAAAGCUACCGAGUCCCAUUCGUUCUCGUAGCCUCAGAGAAGUAUUUUUGCCUUCUCUGAAACUUUUUAGCGACUUCUCUAGAGAUAUUUCUCUGGAAGCAACUUCUGAAGAAUUUUUCUCUUUUGCUCUAGUAUUCAUUUUAUUUUUUAUUUUUUUGUUGAAAGUGAUAGAAUUAUUCCUUCCAGUUGGACGCUCUGAUGAGAAGCCGCCAAUCGCCCGACUCGGCUAUCAUGUCCUACCUGUGCGGUCAUGCUCAUUAUCAGUGUCAGACCAUGCCCAGAUGGUCAGACUUUCAUUCUGGAACAUUUUCAAUUUUUCGAAGAAAACUAUAAAAAAUCAAAAACCAAAAUUCAUGUUCUCUCGUAAGAUAAUUCAUUUCCAGGAUUGUCUCAUCGUCCAACUAUUUUCGAGGACCUCGGGACUUAGUGCCCAUCAUGAUUCAGGUGAAAAAUGAUCCAAACAACAAGAAAAUUCCGUUUUUCGAGUUUUAAGUCUUGAAGAAUUUAUUUUUGGAGCACGACAGAAUGCUAAUUUUUGGUUUUAUUCCUCUCUUUUAGUCCGAUUCAUUUUUUCAUUACUUAGACUGCAUUACAGGUCGAUCAUCAGUCAAAAAUGAGCAAAAUGGAUCUUUUCAAGAAGGAAAGAUUCGCCGUUUUGCGAAAAGAUGGCAGCUGUGACGCUGGAGCUGUCGCCAGGCUUAGGUAUAAAGAAAAAAUGAGAAAUUGAUUUGAAUCAGAACUUUCAGAGACGCGGCUCGAGUGGCACUUUUAGAGAUUCAAACGAAAGAUUUGCGGGAUCACGAGACCUUCUCAGAAGCCGUUUACUACGAGAUCCGCCGUUUUUUAAAUAUUGAUCCUUAUAAUCGCAAAAAGUUUCUCACCGUUCAUGAGUCCCUUGUAUAG